AUGACUCUCUCUUCAAACGUCGGUUCGCGGGCGCAGGUAAUGCACGGCACUGCAAAGAAAACAUCCGGUGGUCUGGAGAAGGCGGAUCUGGCGUACAAUAAGAGCGGUUCCAUUGUUUCAAAAAAGAAGUCCGUCGAAGCCAAGAAAUCUGAGAACGGCCUCCUGAAGCUAUGGCGCAGAGCGAUGCAAGAAGUGUCCUCGUCUCCAAUGUACAAAGACAAGUUCGUCAAGCCCAAGCGAGGCUCGGUAGUACACGCGAAAGUUUUCGCGGAGUACGAGCGUCUCGUUCGCGAAAAAUAUGGUGCAACACACGAUGUCCAAAAGUUGACCGUCGACGGGAUCACCAAGAUGGUGAUCGACGAGAGCUGA